AUGGCGAGGGCCCCACAAACACCUUUGUGCAGCCGGAUCAUUCCGGAUGAAGACUGCAACCUGGCCAUGGUCGAUGGCGAGCUCAAGAUCAACGAGGCCAACUUGGACCUCUCACCACCAGCAUUCACGGGCUGCAAGCACCCGAUGCUGAAGGACGAGCUGAAGCCCGGGCGCCUCGGCCAAAGACGUUGGCAAAGCAUCCCCGACAUUCCCCGCAUCCAAUUCAUCCAAGCCCCCUUCCCCCUUCCUUCCUUUCCUUUAACGGCUUUCGCAAAGCCCUUCCUUUCCAAAGCCCUUCGCCUUCCUUGUUUCCCUCAGGGCUGCAAAGAAAGUGAAGGCCGGGUGCUCGGAGGCCCCCUUUCAGAGGCCCUCGAAGCGUUGCCUCUUCUCAUACGAAGAAUGCUAAGAUAG